AUGGACUUACUAAAGCUAAAAGAUUCUAUUUGUUUUCAAUUUUAUGAAUCGCUAUAUUUAAAGGGUUAUUAUGAUAAAUGUAAAUUAACAAUAUCUAAAGACAGAUGUGAAUUCAAAGAACCUAUACUUUUUAUUCCAACGACACAACACGGGAAACAGGAAUCAUGUCUAGAAAUAAUCCUUUUUAAAUCUACUUUAUUGAACAUGUUUUGUACUUCCCAUGAUUAUUGGAAAGAUAGAACUUUACUUGAAAAUAAUAAUAAUAACAACAACAACAACAGCAACAAUGCCGAAUUAUUUUACAAUUAUAUAAUGACUCUAGGUUUCCUAAUAGGCUCUUAUGAUGAACACACUUUUUUACGGCUUCACGAGGACAUAUUUUUUAAACUCUUGACUUCUGAUAAGUCAUACUUUGAGAAUAGCUAUUUAUUACCGGCUAGUUUGGUUCAAAAAGAAAUUUAUUUAGUUGAACUACUUUUAUCUUCUAACCAACCACGUAUAAACAAAUCCUCCAUACUAUGGAAACUAUAUCAAAAAUUAUACGUGCUACAAUUAUUUUACUAUCCCAACACAGUGAAACUUGAUUACUUGGACACUUGUCUAUCUUCUGCUGAGGCACAUUUUUCUAAUUAUUAUUGCUGGAACUCUUUGAAAUGGUUUAGUGACAAUGCUUAUGUUAAACAGAGCAAAAGAUUUUCAAAUAUCUGCAAGAUUAAAGAGUUUUGUCUUCGAAAUUUAAGAGAUAAUUCAGCAUGGUAUUGCUAUAGUUAUUUAUUAAUUCAUAUUAAUGGAGAUACAACAUACAACUGCAGAGAUUUUCAAAGGCUAUACACCAAAUUAGCUAGCAAAAUGGGGACCAAGGGCCAAGAUCUUGCUAAUAAAGGAAUUGCUGGUAUAGACUCAAAUCCUGUGCAGCUCGAUUUAAGAUCAGAGAUAAAUGCGGUGAUAGAUUUAAUUAAUAAUUUAAGAGUUCCAACAUCGCCACAAUUCAAUUUUUUGUAUUAUUUGUUGUUGAACGGGAAUGAAGAACAUAUGGUGGAUACAAAGUUACUCGCUGGUUGGGAAUCAGAAGUAUGCGAUUUUGAAAACAAAUUUAUGAGCUUAGAACUCAAACAUUGUGAUCCACCAGAAAUACAUGACUCCUAUAAUAAUGACCUAAAGUUUAUUUCGGAAUUCCAAUUCAUGUACCACUUAAAAUAUUUUUUGCAUAAAUACAAAGCCAUAUUGAAACUGCGAGAAAGGUGA